UUCUAAAUUCGUAUAUUUGGGGCAGAUUCUACAAAAUGAAAAUGAAUUUAAAAAAUCUUUUUUUUUCUUAAAUUAUUCAUGAUUUUCAUUUAUGUAUUAAAAACAAUGAAGAGUGGAACAACGAACUUGACUGGCUCUUUAAUCUGAAUUUAUUAUUCAGUAUACAGACGUUCUAGUUCGGUGUUGCUGAAUUUCAUUGUCAGUUUGGAGUUGUAGUGUUCCAAUUUUCCGAAUAAGUUGUUGUAGUAUUCCAAGCAGAAUCUGGAGUUGUUGUAGUCAAUUCAGAUGUCGUUGAAUUCCACCCAAGAUUAGGGCUUGUUGUACUCCAGUAAGGUGUUGUGGUAUUCCCGAUUGGAGUAGUCGUAUUCCAGAUUGGGGUUGUAGUAUUCCAGCUGGGGGUUGUAGUAUUCCAGUUCGGGGUUGUCGUAUUCCAGCUGGGGGUUGUAGUAUUCCAGCUUGGAGCUGUCGUAUUCAAGCUUGGAGUGGUUGUAGUCAAUUCGGGAGUAGUUGAAUUCCAUUCGAGGUUAGGAGUUGUUGUAAUCCAACUAGGGUUCGUUGUAUUCCUAAUCAGAGGUUUUUGUAUUUUGAGCACCAACACCUAAACGAAGAUGCUGAACUUGCCAAAAGUCCAAACUCGCCAAAAAUGCCACAAAUAUCAGAGAAGUUCUUAUUUUGUAUCGUAUCAAUUUUACAACUGAAGGCAUAUCAAAUCUCAUGUCUUUUAUACUCAAUUGCGUGACAAUCAGAUGUGGACAUUACUUGCUGAUAAGAUAACAGAGAUGGAACAAAAAAUCACAUCGCUUGAGGAAUUUGACGACGGAAAUGUGCAAUUAAGAUGUCAUGAAGCUUAAACACUUGGUUUUCCAGUCUUAGUCAAGCUUGGAUCCCCUGAUGGAAUUGUCGUAGCACUGAUAAAGCCCCAAUUUUCAUUUCAAGAAAGUGCGUGAGUCACAACUUAUGUAGACGUCGUCUUUUCAAUUUUAAUCAUUAAUUCUUUUUUUUCAUAUCAAUGUACUUAACAGCAGAGAAAGAAUUAAUCAGUACACACACUGCGAAAUAAAAAUGAUUAAAACGAAUAAAACGUAAUUUAUGAGAUAAAUUUAAAGUUCAACAUAAAGUGUAGGUUAAUUUCUCUUUACAAAACUCACAAACUAGCUCAUUGUGGCUUAAAACAUUCCAUCCACGCACAAUAAAUCCAGCAUUGGAAGCAUUCCACGAUACAUUCCGACAACAUGAAAAUUGCGGAAAAUCCAUUAGAAUUUCUCAUUUUAUUCACAGAGAGUUGGGUAAUUCAGCAAACUGUGAUGGAGCCCAGUAAUUGUGCGCUAUUUUGUGUGUAAAUUCAUGCACUGACCACAGUGUGAUCUCAAUUAAUUUCAGUGUGAAUCCUGCGGGGCCCGAAUAACCCUUCAGUGCAUGGAGACCACAUAGCACAAGUGGGGCACAUCACUAUCAAUAUUUCCCUCUAUCAAUUUAAUUAAAUUCCAUGAGACUUUCAUUGGGGCAUUUAAUUCGUAAUGAGACUCGCAUUUACGUUGUUGGAUGAUGAAUAAUUGACAAGCAUCGAGCACUCGCGUGGUCUUUGAUUAAAUCACCCUGGCGAAGGGUCUUUUAGUGAGUUACAAUAUCCUGGAUAGAGAUGAAGUCUCAGGGGUUGUUUCAGCGCUUCUUUGGUCAACGCACCAAUGUCUUUGAGACCAUAACAGUGGCUCAUCGGUUUGUCAAGUUUUUCGGCUAUAUGUGCUUCUCCUACGACGAUGAUUGGCCCAAAAGUCGCGUCAAGCUGACCUUUCUGGACAUUCUCUUGUGCAUUGUAAACGUCUCCAUCAACAGCUACCUCUUCUACGCAAUGCUCAUGGAUGAAGAUGAAGAAACCAUAUCGAUUAUCUUCAAUUUCGGCAUCAGAUUCAUCCUCUCCGCCCUAACAAUUAUCGGUCUCAUCUCCUCCCUUCUCAAUGUCAUACUCAGCAGGUGGAUUUUUGAAAUUCUCAAGUGCUUCAGGGAGUUUGAUUCCCAGAUAGAAAGCGUUGGAGGUAUAAUUCACCACCACAAGCAAUUCCUCGUGAUCAACGUGAGUGCAAUCAUUGUGCCCGGCUUGAUCUUUGUGGUUCUCAUGGCGGACGUUUUUGAGGGCAAUAUGACCAUUAUAAAGUUCCUGGGUUUGAUAUCGCCCGUCAUGAGCUUUGUCGUCACGAAGGGGACCUUUAUCUUCUUCCUCGUUUCUCUGAGGACACGUUUUGAGAUCCUCAAUCGAUGCUUCAAGGAAAAUUUCUGUCCAGAAACGAAAGCCAUCAAGAUGGUCAAAAGUAUUGAGCUGAAGGGCUCUGAUCCAUCUCUGCUUGUCACCAAAUUUGCAACCCUUCAUGAUUACAUUUCGGACGCAACUGAGCUAACCAGUCUCUGCUUUUCCUUCCAGGCAAUGAUCUUCACGGGUCUUUGUUUCGUUUACAAUGUCUUUAUCAUAUUUUCCGCUUUCCGUGUGUGGACGAACUUCAAUGAGGAAUUCUUUGGUCUUGUUAUUGGGAAUUUCCAUUGGUCCUUUAUUACGUAUGGCUUUGUUCUCGGAGAGAUCUACGUGGCACACAAUGUUACAAAGCUCGGCAAAUAUACGGCAAUUCUAGCUCAUAAAGCCAUCAAUCGGACAAAAGAUGAGUCAAGCAUUGAUAAACUAAGGCAAAUGGCCAAUCAAAUCAAUCACAGACCACCUGUUAUCACCUGUGGGCUCUUUCUCUUUGACUGGACGCUUUUCUACUCUCUCUGUGGAGCAUCAACAACCUACCUCGUGAUUUUGAUUCAGUUUGACACCUCCAUAGCUCCCGUAUCCAAUGAAUUGGGAUCAUUGAAUGCAACUUUACCUUCAUUUAUUAUCUGAAGAGCAUUAAAAGAGAAAAUACAGAGAUCAAGAUUUUGACCGUUGAUUUAUUAAAGUUUCAAAA